AUGUGAUUAUAUUCAUGAUAUUUAUGUUAAAUUGUCUGGAAGAAUGUGACAAAUUAAUUAUAUUGGAUUAUCUCCCUUGUAAUUGUUUAUUGUAGGAAAUAGAUUACAUGUAUGUGUGCAGUUCAGGAUUAUAUAUAUGGAGUUGAAAUAUUGAAAUGAAGCAGAUGAGAGUGUAAUUAAAUAUUUGUGGUCUUCAAUAGGAUUAACAUUCUAGAGAAGUCGAACUAUAUGGUGACAUCUUGCUCUAAAAGUUGACAAUCAUCAUGGCAAUGACAAAAGUAAAGAGUUUACAACUAUGGUGUAAGAAGAUGACUGAUGGCUACAGAGAUGUGGAUGUCAAAGACAUGACAACUUCUUGGAAAAAUGGCCUGGCGUUCUGUGCUCUUAUACACAAAUUCAGACCAGAUUUGAUAGACUAUGACUCGUUAUCCAAGGAAAAUGUAUUUGAAAACAACCAAUUGGCUUUUGAAGUGGCUGAAAGAGAGCUAAAUAUCCCAGCAUUCCUUGAUGCCCCAGACAUGGUAGCCAUUAAAGUUCCUGACAGACUCAGUGUUGUCACCUAUGUAUCUCAGUACUAUAACAACUUACAUGAUAAACCUCAGUUGGGAGGUCCAGGUGUGAAGAAAACUGUAGCUACAAAACGACACCAACCAGACCCAGAGCUUGGUGGACCAGAGGCCAAGAAACUUACACCCAGUCAUCAAAAUGCUAAAACGCCUUCAAAAGACCGACAAUCAAUGGGAGACAAGUGCCACAUCUGUGGAGAUAAAGUUUAUUUAAUGGAACGCCAUGUUGACAAAAAUAAACUUUUCCAUCGGCAUUGUUUUAGACAUAGUGAUCUUUCACCUACCAGCAAAGUUUUCAAUAAAUCUGAACUGAAAAAGAUAAGUGACAAAGUGAAAAGUGAAAACGAAACAAAGAAACUGAGUGACAAAGUUAAAAGUGAAAAUGACACAAAUAAGGCUGCAAAAUCUGACAAUAAACAACCUAAUUUUUGGGAACGACGAAAUGAAGCUAGGAAAAUUUUGAAAAUGGACACUGAAGAGUCUGUCCCAUCCAAGGGGACAGCCAAUCAGGAUAAAAACAGUUCUAAGUCAACUAACAAAGAUAUUAGUAAACCAGAUAUAAUAGUGACCAGUGAUAACAAUAUUUCAAAGGAUGCUGCUAAAAGUAAGAAAGAAAGACCGUCAGAUUUGAAUCUAGAGACAAAAGUAGACACUAAAAAAUCAAGUCCUUUACCAUCACCAAGGAAACCAAAAACUAGCAAUGUUGAACCAAUGGACACAAGUGAAAUAAGUGAUGUCAAGUUAAAACCGGUGCCAACUCCUAGAAUUGUGCGAGAUGAAAAGAAGACAUCACCAUUAAAUGGAAUUUUAUCUAAAAAGAGAGAAAAGUCUCCUGGCAAAAGUCCCUUUCUGUCUCCUAAUCAGGGACUGAAAUUAUCGUCAAGUAGUGACAUGUCCCCAUUAUCCCCACCCCCAUUACCAUCACAGCCACCCCCUCCACAACUGACCAAAUCUAAUUUAUUAUCACCUGAAUCAGACGCUGUAGGUACAAGUGCUAAAGUGACAGCUAAUUUUGGAGAAAAAUCAAAACCCUUGACAUCUCAUGGGAGAAAAUCUCCACAGACUAGUGCUAAAAAUGAAGUAAGCUCUUCAAGAUCUUCAAAUUCUCCUGAUAGAGGAAGUAGUGUGUUUAUUUCCCCAAGGACAAAAGAGUUCUCUCCCACAUUUUCAGAUUCCAGUGCAUCAUCAGACAGUUCAAAAUUUAGUUCUAGUUCAAAGGAGAAUAAAACUUCUCCCAAAACUACAAAUCAAAGAUCAUCUAACUUUUCUCCACCUUUAUCCAAACCGAAAUUUGGUGACAAACGACAGAUGAGUGUGGAGGAAGCCAUUGAUUUAACAAAAAAUGACACAAAUAGAAAUGAAAUGGUAGCAGUUGUGUUCACCCCUAGUCCAAAAGAAGAAAAUGACAAACAAGUUCUUGGUGGAUUGUUGUCAAAUCUUGCCAACAUCCGACGAAAGCAGAAACCAAGUGAUACUAGUCCAAGUGAAGAUUUGUUAAAUCAACGAAACACAACUGGGGCUUUGGAUAUUCAAAGUAGAGACCAAAAAGGCCAAGUGAAAAGUGCAAUAUUUACAAAGCCUCUCAGUGAGAGUGAUCAAAAUAAACACUCUGUUAACAAAGAAUCUCAUCUCAAAAAUAUUUCAAAAACUGAUACUGAUAUCCCUGAAUGGAAACGUCAGCUAGAAAAGAAUAAAAAUUUACGACCAAAAUCCGCAGACAUAUUAUCUGAUAAAAAGACAUCUGAAACAUCAAAGACACAACUUGAGAAGGAUGCACAUUUAAGACCUAAAACAGAAAUGUCUAAGGUGUCUCCUAGACCAAAAACUGUGGACGUACUAUCGGAUAAGUUUAAAACAGAUCAGAAACCACAGUGGCAAAUAGAAGCUGAAAAACGAAUGGAGGCAAGAAAAGGUGGUUAUGUUGAUCCUGAAAAAGUAAGGCCACAAAUAGAUGUUGGCAAAGAUCAACUGAGGCCAAAAGAAGAAACAAAACUUCCAAAUGAUAGAAGUAGUACUCCUUUAAAACCGAGUAGGGUUGACAUAAAAAUCACAGACGAUAAACGGGAAAGUGCAAAUGUUCAGAAAAGAAUUUUACCGACUAUUCCAAGUCUUACUGAAAAGGGAGAUAAUAAAGAUGAUAUUCAGGAUAAAAAGAAAAUUUCUGUGAAUGUUAAAUUUAAUUUCUCACAAGGUAAAAAGGAGGAAGAAAAAGAAGAAAAAUUUAAGCCACCUAGACCACCAACAUAUAUCCACAAUAGUCCAAACGCAGGUUCACCAAACAAACCAACUAGACCACCUCCACCAUUAAAAGAUGGAGACCAAAGGAGAUUAUCACCAUCAGAGAUCCAGAAACAAUUAACACAGAUAGAUUCUAGACUUACAGAACUGGAGAUCAGAGGACGACAACUUGAAGAUUCUAUCAGAAAAGACUUAGAUGAGUUAGACAUUACUCCCAUGGUCCAAGAAGAAGAGGAUGACAAGAUGAUGGUAGAAUGGUUUGAAUUAGUUAACAACAAGAAUGAGCUUGUCAGAAAGGAGGCUGAUCUGAUCUAUUUAUCUAGGGCACAAGAAUUGGAAGGUGAACAGAAUGAAAUUGACAGACAGCUGAGGGCAUUAUUACAAAAAAAUGAAAAAUACAAAACAGAAGAAGAUAAAGUUGAAGAAGAGCAAUUAAUACAGAAGUUACUGGAUGUUGUUAACCAAAGAAAUAUAAUUGUUGACAGUAUUGAUGAAGAUAGAAUUCGAUAUGAAGAAGAAGAUAAAGAUAUUGCUAUGGCCUUACAAGAUUUUAUGAAAGUAAAUGCACUCUCACAAGAAAGUGGGCAUGUGACAAUCCAGUCGACAGAAGCUUCAUUUUCAAAGAAAAAGAAAAAGAAGAAGAAAAAAGGAAAAUUGCUUUAAAACCAUGGACAGUGAAAAAAGGAAAAACAUGUUUUAAUGGCAACUACAAAUUAUUGAUUCUUGUCAUAAUAUAAAACAUUUGUUUGUGAAAUAAGAAAGAUUCAUUUUAGGCUCAAAAUAAAGUUUAUGAAAAACAGAAUUAUAUUUUGUAGUACUUGUUCAAAGCAUUAAACUCUUUAUAAACAUGUUUUAAAUUCCAUAAAAUGGUUAAGUUCACAUUAACAAUCUUUGCAUGGUUUCCACUAAAUAAGAGCAAUUCAUGAAAAUGGAACCAUUUCAACUGAACAUAAAUUAGUGCUUAACAUAAAAAAAAAUGUUUAUGUAUUUAAUCACCAUUAACUAGUGCUUGGAAGCUGUUUAUUUAUGUUUUAUAAAUGUCUUCAGAGAAAUGAAUUUUGGCUUUAAGUUUCCUUUGUUCCUCUUCUUAGAAAUAAGUUAUAUGAAAAAAAAGAAGAGAACGUAUAUCAUGGGGACCAUUGAAUUUGUUUUAUUGAUAAGGAAAUGUGGCAAUUAUCCAGACUGGUGCUGUGGAUCAAAGUACUUUUUUUGCCUGUACCAUAUCCAUUUGCAUAUCAAUUAAAGUUACAAUUGAAGUUGUUUCUUAUUUUUUUUUUUAAAGUUAUCUACCUAUUUUGGAAAGUUAACUCAAGUUUUUUGUUUAAGGACUUGCAAAAUUUUAUGCAGAUUCUUACACUCUUCUGUAAAGGUAAGUGUUUAAAUUGCUGUUCCUUUUUCAGUUAGGAAGGGGACAAUUGAUUUUAUUAUCAUAUUGUUAGGGAAAUGUAGCAAUUUUCCAGACUGGUGCUGUGAUCGUUUUUAUUUUAAAUUCUAUCAUGCUUUACAUUUUAUAAGAAUCCUGUUAAAAUGAUUUGUUUUUUUUUUACUUUUACAUAUGCAUUGUUGAUCUGUAGAAUAAAUAUCAUGCUUGAAA